AUGUCGAAGCUUUUCUCGCCCUUGACUGUCGGGUCGCUUCAGCUCUCCAACCGGCUGGCGUUGGCCCCGUUGACGCGGUACCGCGCCGAUGAUGAAUGGACGCCGACUCCCAUGAUGGAGGAGUACUAUGCGCAGAGAGGCUGCGUACCGGGCACCCUGCUCAUAUCCGAAGGAACCCUGAUCUCGUACCGCACUGCAGGCCGCAAAAACGUGCCCGGCAUCUGGGAUGAAGCCCAUAUCGCUGGCUGGAAGAAAGUGACGGAUGCGGUUCACGAGAAAGGCUCCUUCAUCUACUGCCAACUGUGGCAUCUUGGCCGUGGUGGCAAGGCCGACAUUCUCGAGUCGCUUGGCUUGAGACUCGAGUCCUCGAGCGCGGUGCCCAUCGCAGACGACACACCCACGCCGGUAGAGUUACGCGAGGCCGACAUUUUGGACAUCAUCCAAGACUACGCAGCAGCUGCACGCAACGCCAUCGAGGCCGGCUUUGACGGCGUGGAGAUCCACGGUGCCAACGGUUAUCUCCCGGAUCAGUUCCUCCAGGAUACCUGCAACAAGCGUACCGAUGCUUGGGGCGGUAGCAUUGAGAAGCGAGCGCGGUUCCACCUCGAGGUGACCAAGGCCGUCAUCAACGCUGUCGGGGCUCACAGAACGGCUGUCCGUCUAAGUCCAUACAGUGACUUCCAAGGAAUGCUCAUGGAUGACCCGGAUCCCACCUUUAGAUAUUUGACCGAGCAAUUGAAGCCGCUAGGCCUGGCCUACCUCCACCUCAUUGAGGCCCGCAUCAGUGGCAACGACGACACGGACUGCGGCGGCCAGCGGACAGUGAGCUGGCUGGUCGAGCUGUGGAACAACACAAGCCCGGUCUUGCUCGCGGGCGGCUUGACGGCCGAGUCGGCAAGGAAAGCCGUCGAGGAUACGUACAAAAAGUACGACGUGGCUACCGUUUUCGGCCGGUACUUCAUCUCGAAUCCAGAUCUCGUCUUCCGAAUUAAGGAGGGCAUCGAGUUGGAAAAGUAUGAGCGAACGUACUUCUACACGCCAAAGCUGCCAACUGGGUAUAUCGACUACCCGUUCUCGCCCCAGUUUCAGUCGGUGCCGGUCAUUUCGUAG